AUGAGCUCCUCGUGGCUAUCUGAUCCAGUGUGGACCCGUAUCAUACAAAAACUUGAUGCUAUUUGCGCUGACCAAGCUGCGGCGGCGAGCGCACGUGGCAGGGGAGCAAAGGCGGCGAGCGGCACGGCGGGGCUGCCCAAGGCGCGGGCCAGGCAGGCGACGGCGGAGGCGCAACCGCGCGAGGCGCCGCGGGUUGCGGCGGCGGCCAACGGGACGGCGCUGCUCCAUGAGGACGGCGGACCGAGGCGGCUGUCGACGAAGGGCGACCGCGGGGCCACGACUGCUGUGGCGGCACGGCAGGGGGAGGCUCCGCUGGCCUAG